GACAUGAGCCCUUCAAAUCAUUUGGUUUAGCUUUUAUUCUUACUGAUUUCUUGCCAUCCUUCGUCCAUGUCGCCCCUUCAUGAUGAAAUGUGGAGUCACGCUUCUCUGUGGUGGAGAGCUAAAUUGAGUUCAAACUUGUUGACUUCCAGAGUUCCCCCAGAAACGGACACUGGACUGUUCACAUGUUUCCUCCCAGAUGUCCUGGUGAUGCCAUCGAACUUAUACUUAUGCUCUCAGCUGGUCUACGAGUACUUAUAUCUCUUAGGGGUCCCGUGAACAUGGGAAAUGCGGCCGGACGUCUCGUAGCCAAUGUGUCGAGCUUGCACCAUCAGAACUCAGCAGGACACCAAAAAUGUGCAGCGACCGCAUUGCCCCCAUUAUCUCAGUUAUGUAACUUCCCGGAUCAUCCUUAUUCAUAGAGUGGAUAUUUUGGACUCUUGAAGACAACGAUAGUUUCAAUUAGUGGUGAGAACCAUAUGGCUCGCGGUGUAACGUAUGCCGGAAAUGAGUGGGCGACUCAUGUCACCGUGACUGCGUAUCGAGUCUUCUUCCAUUCAGUGGCUUAUCUUGUGUAAUUUCUCACAGGUCUCUCGUACGAAGUCGCUCGUAGGUACCUCAGAAGCACCCGUGACGACACUUUCAGUUCUCGCACACCGGCCCUUUGCCAGUUUGUUGCCGUACGAGAAAUCAUAGGCAACUCUUUUCUUGGUAUCAAGUGCGGUCGGAAGCCGAGAUGGGCUAUAUACAAUGUGCUGAACGCGUUAUGCAAGUUUCUUUAACGUACCUUGCUCUGGUCGACCAUCCUAUACCGCAAGGAUGUUAUUACCUUCCCUAGCUCAGCUUUCCGUUCUAGUCUUUGGAGUACGAUCAUCAUACGCUGCACCACCUACAGCGGGCAUUCCCGCCAUAACCUUGGAUCAAGGAACCUUCCAAGGUGUUACCGACGGCCUCAUAAAUAAGUUUCUUGGGAUCCCUUUCGCUAAACCUCCUAUGGGUGAUCUCCGUUUCAGACUGCCAGUUUCGAACGACCCGUAUACUGGCGUCCACUCUGCCAUCACUUUUGGGGCUUCGUGUCCUCAGCAAGCAUUGAAUCUCCCCAUUCCAGGAGAUAUCACAUCAAGUGCGAUCAACUCCGUUAUAAAUACUGCCUUGACAAUUGCUACUCCUGAGAGUGAAGACUGUUUGACACUCAAUGUUUGGACUCCUGUCGGAGCCAGAGCUGGUACGAAGCUACCCGUAGUGGCUUGGAUAUUUGGAGGCGGUUUCGAGAAUGGUGGUACAUCAACGUAUGACGGCGGAGUCAUUGUGAAACGGUCAAUUGAGCUCGGCCAACCUAUUGUAUACGUUAGCAUGAACUAUCGUGUCAGUGCGUUCGGAUUCCUCCCAGGUAAGGAGGUCAAGGCAGCUGGGGUAGGUAACCUCGGACUACAAGAUCAACGUCAGGCAUUUCGAUGGAUUCAGAAGUACAUCAACGUGUUCGGUGGUGAUCCGACGAGAGUGACAAUCUGGGGAGAAUCCGCCGGAGCCAUCUCUGUCGCGCUUCAAAUGGUGACAAAUGGCGGUGAUACUGAGGGCUUGUUUCAUGGCGCGUUCAUGCAGUCUGGCUCACCCAUUCCUGUGGGUGAUAUCACUGACGGACAGAACUUCUACGAUGCAUUGGUCUCUGAGACCGGAUGUGCUGGUUCCUCGGACACUUUGCAAUGUUUGCGUGAGGCGCCUUUCGACACGCUCAAAGCUGCUGUCGACGAUUCCCCAGGCAUAUUUUCUUUCCAGUCUUUGGCUUUAACAUGGCUUCCACGUGCAGACGGGAACUUCCUUGCAGAUCUCCCACAGCAAUUGGUCUUGAAAGGAAGUGUUGCCGAUAUACCGUUCGUCACUGGUGACUGCGAUGAUGAAGGCACUCUGUUCGCUCUAUCCUCACUGAACGUAACGAAUGAGUUCGCUCUUCGUGACUACAUCACUACCGUCUUCGUCCCCGAUGCGCCUGCAAGCGAUAUUGCUCAGCUACUCUCACUUUACCCAGCAGACGUCACCCAAGGUUCACCUUUCGGUACCGGCACCUUGAACGUUCUUACACCAGAAUACAAGCGCAUUGCUGCACUACUUGGCGAUCUUGUAUUCCAAUCAGCCCGUCGAUUCUUCUUGCAGAAUCGGUCUUCGAAACAGAACACCUGGUCUUUCAUCAAUAAGCGACUCAAGACUGCAUCAGUUCUGGGAUCCGCACAUGCUACCGAUCUCCUGAACGUCUAUGGUCCGGGGGAUAUGUCCGACUUCUUGAUUAACUUCGUGAACCAUCUGGAUCCGAACGGCGCAAUUCAAGGUUUAUGGCCGAAAUAUGAUACGGCUUCCUCACAACUCAUGACCUUUCUUGAUGGUCCAGUGCCUCUCACAUUAACAUCUGACAAAUUUCGCGAAGAUGCUAUCUCUUUCAUAACCACGCUCGCCCUCGAUAACCCGAUAUAGGGCACACGAUACUACAGAAUAAUCUGUAUUUUCAAUGCAACUCAGUAAACCUGAUGUGCGCUAUACAUUAAGGCUAAGCAAGCCUUUUACAAUGCUUCUAGCAUAUGUUAUUGUUCGCCGAAUCCUUUUCUUUUCUUUUCAGAGUCAUCGAUAAGAUACGUGUUCGCGCCUGAGUAGUCACCAACGCAAAGUUAAAGACUCUGCUAAGUAAAUGCAAUCUCCCGCA